AUGGUGCACGGACCUAGACCUGCAGCUCUAACACCCAGCGCUCUAAGGACAGCAGAGUUGAUGGAAACAAGAACUCUUUUUCGAAAAGCUUUCGAAGAGUCUCUGGGUUGGUAUAAUUCAGUCAAAUUGGAAGAAGGAGUCUAUUUUCAGGCGCCUGAUGAUAUUGUGGAGGAAGGUUCCUUGUACAAAAGGUUCCAGGCUAUACUACUCGAUAUCGUGAAAGCCGAGCCUGAAUUAGCGGCUGAGGUCAAGUCCGGAGCAAAGGAUUUGGAGGCGUUGGAAGAACAUCAAAAGGUUAAAGAAUUUCUUGGUUCGCAGGCUUCCUAG